CUGGUUCUCCUGUUGGAUUGAGUUGACACUGGCCAGGCAGAGCGUAUAAGCCACAGCGUGCAUACCCGCGUGGUGACUUGCAUACCUUAGCAUGGUACAGCAUGACAUGGCUUGCAUGGUGGCUGCCGGGAGAUGGGCCAUCGCCGCCGCCAGCGGAAAAGCAGAUGCCUAUCAAGGCAUUGCAUUUGUCGUUCAACGGUUUGUUUUUCUUUUCUGUUUUCUAGUUUUGUGCCUUUCCAUCCACUGAUACCAUCAGUUCCCUUCCUUCUGUCAGACAAGCAGCAUCUGCAUCCCCAGAGGGAAGCUCACUCACCGUACAGAGUACAUAGCCGGCCCCCGUCCAAUGUCUGUCUUGUCUGGCCGGUCUGGGAGCCCCUGUUUGUCACGUGGCGGUGGGCCGGGUUUGAGGUGGCAAAUGUGGUGGUGGUUGUGUUGUUGUGGAUGCAGGCAUCCGGGCCAGAUGCAGGCAACCUUAUUUGGGCUCUGUCGGGCGUUUGCACGGGCGCUCUGCUGGUUGGUGAUGGCGGGUUUGGAGAGAGAAGCGGGACUGUGCUUGAUGGGAAGACUCUGGAUAUGUUGGGAAGAGGCAGGACAAAGCUGGGGAAACAGGGCCAUGUGUGUGGGUGGAGUAGUGGAUGGUGCUGGUGUUUAAAAGAGAAGGGUCUCAACUCUCAAGUUGAGGUUUGAGUUUCUAACCACGCCCAGUAACGCCUUAUCUAGUGCAACAGCAGCAUACUCGGAACGAUUCGGACUUUUUGUCUUGCUACUUACUGCCCAGCACCUCGUCUCUGUGCCCCUUCUUCUUGCACGCUACACCGAGUCAGCUCUGCCUCAUCGGGCACCAGGGACAGACAGACAGACAUAGGCACUGCCCAGCUGUCGUGACACGCGUGUCACGUCUUGCCGCCGGUUGUUCCAGUCAAGAGUUUGUGGGACGGUUCCGGUUCCGCAGCGCGUCAUCUCGG